AUGAAGACUAAAGCUGAACAAUUAUUAUCAAUAUUGCCAGUAAAAGAAAAAAUUAUAUAUAAUGUAUGUAUGAAUGAUGCAAAAAAAUUGAGUGAUGCUGCAAAAUGUAUAGUAAGUCUAAUAAAUGUAAGAGAUAGGUUGAAGUUGAUUAACAAAAGUACAAAAGAUAAUAAUAUUAAUAAUAUGAACAAAAAAUUAAAGAAUUAUAUUAAUAAGAUAAAUAAUAAAUUAAAACUUAAAAAAGUUAUUAUUAAAGUUAAGAAAAAAAAUGAGCAUAUUAAUAAUAAAUAUUUUUUUUCAAACAAAUAUUUUGAAACAAAUAAUAUAAUUGUUCAAAGACCAAAAAGAGAUUUAAUGAAAAGUAUGGAUAAUAGUUUAAAUUUACCAAAUCACUUAAAAAAUGUUGUACGAUUAGAAAGAUAUCAGGAGAUGCGUGAUUAUGUCAAAAAGUAUUUUGAUAGAAUCACUGCUGAGAAUACAAAAACAUUGGGAAAAUAUUGUAAUCCAUUAAUAACAAAGACAAUAACUGAUACUGAAGAUCCAAAUAAAAAGAUUAGUAAUACUUUGGAUAAUAUAAUUAACCUUUUAAAUGAAUUUAUUACGUCAUCAAAAAAAUUUAUAUUUUUAUCACCCAAAUUAUUUAAUAUUUUUCCAUCAUGUAAAGUUGAAAAAUGUGAUAGUUCAAAAAAAUUUUUAUCACCAACAUUAUUAAGUUUUUAUGAAAAUGAUGGAUUAUUUUCAUUACCUAGUUUAAUUAAAUCAUCGCUUUCUAAUAACAUUGAAGUAAAUAAUUGGUUAAAUUUUUUACUUGAACAUACUGGUGGAGGAAAAAAAUUAUCAAAAGUUAUGGAAGAAAUGGAACCAAAAAUAAAUGAAAUGGAAGAAAUAAUUUAUCCUAAUGUAUUAAAAAUGGCAGAAUUAGAACAAAAGAAUAAAAAAAUUUAUGAAACAUUUAAUAAAAAUCAGAAAUAUGAAAUUAAUUAUUAUGGGUACACAUUUUUAUCCUCAGAUCAAAUGUUAUUUAAAUAUAACUCCAGUGGAUUAUCUCCAACUUAUUAUAAUAUGUUAACGCAAAUGAGUAGAGAAGAUCAUGAACGACGAUUAGAAGAAAAUUUGAAAGAAUUAGCUUUAAAUGAUUUUGUUUUUUAUAAUAAAUCAACAAUUAAAUCAAAAAAUUAUUUAUUAAAUAGAUUUUCAAGAGCAGCAAACAAUAGCGUUAAUGAUCCAUUAGAUGAUUAUGAAGGUCAUCACCAUAGUGGUUUUUUUAAUGUGUUUAAACCAUCAGCAUUUUUAAACGUAGUUGGAGCACCUGUUAUUUUUGAAACAAUUGUCCUGUCACCACAUGCAUUUAUUGGAGAGAUAUUAAAUCCAGAAUUUGGUAUGGUAAAUAUUUUAAGUCCCAGAGCAUUCGUUGCAACAAUUCUUUCACCAAAUGCCUUAUUUUCUAGAAUAUUACAACCAGGAUUUUUUAAAACAGAAAUUUUAACACCAAGAGCUUUAAAUUCAUGGAUUUUAUCACCAGAUAUGUUUAUAAUUGAUGUUUUAUCACCAAAAAUGUUAGAAGCAAAAAUAUUAUCACCAGAAUUAUUUGUAAUUAAAAUACUUUCACCUAAACUUCUUACAGCAAAUGUUGCAUCUAGUGAAAAUUUUGCAAUUGUUGUUCUUUCACCUAGUAUUUUAUCACCUACUAUUUAUGGAAAAGAUAGUAUGGUUGUUGAAAUAUUAUCACCUCAUUUACUUAGUGGUAGUCAUGAAAGUGAAGAAAAUGAACAUGAUAAAAAAAAGGAAGAAGAAGAAGUAAAUAAUACAACAACAAAAAUGUACAUAUAG